GCCUGAAAAGUGUGGACUCUGCUGUCAAUGACAGUGAUCUCAGAAUAUUGGAUUACUAUCUGUCUUGAUGUGGAUUCAAUAUGGUAUUGGUGUACAGAUGGCAGGGAAAUGAAUAGGCCUGUCAUUGACUAUAGGAAACAGUCCAGAAUGGCUACUUCAAGUUCAGAGGAAAUUCUGUGGCAUGAACUCUGUGUCAUAACAACACUGCAUCAUUGCCUUGUAAUACUAACAGACUGGUCAUUGGAUCUUUUCUAGAAGGCAAACUGACUAAAAACAACAAUGGGUUAAUCUGCAGUAAGAUUGACUGUUUAUCUCUGAGGAUCAGAAGUGUUGCAGCAUCUUAUCUUCUGUGGGGGUAGCAGAGGGAUUGCCUUAUCCCCUUAACCUCUGGUGUAUAUAAGAACUGACCACCCCCUGGGGAGAAAUUAGUUGUUGUCUGUGUAGGUGUCUGAUUUGUUGACCAUCUGGUGCCUUGUAUUCUUUGGUUGCCCCAGCAGCCUUCCCCCCUUGGUGAGCCCCAGCAGUUAGUAAGUCUGAGUGUAUGUGAAACUAUUAAUAGCCUAUGAUUUUUGGAGAAGCUAGAAGGUGCUCUUGUGUAGGAAAUGUGAUACUGGCUUAUAUUCUGAGUAAGAAGCCAGAACAUUGGAGAAGAGGGCGCCAUCUUGUAUAAAGACCUCUUUUCAUAUUUCGAGGAAUAUUUUCUGAGGAUUGUGAGAUUGUUGUGAAUAAUUACAUGGUGAAAGUUAAAGAACAAUCUCAAGUGACUUUUAGACAAGUGCCUGUGGAGUUACUUUACUAAUUAUGGAGGGGAAUCCAUCAGUCAUGUAGUGGAAAAUUACCUACAUAAAAACAGUUAUUUUGUAUAUAUUCAGUUAAGGAUUUUAGUAGUUUUAUUGUAUUAAAAAGAUAACUUUUUCUUUCAUUAGAGACAGAUUGUACAUAGUUAUUUAUUUAAUUUUGCUUUCAAGAAUAUCUAAAAAAUUUUAACCUUCAUGUACAAUUUGAAGUAGCAGUUAUAUUUUGAACAAUCUAGUACAAGCAAUUAAGUGAUAGUGAAAGAAUUUCAAGCUGAACAUUUUUGAAGUGACAACUAAAUAGCAAGUGAUAGAGGAUCCUUACUUUAGUGCUUAGUAAGACUAUGAGAGUGGACUACUUGCAGUCUAAAAAUUACCCCAUUGGAGAAUGGAGAAUGCCCACUUCCGGUCUUUCGUCUAAUUAUAUUCCUUCCUCCAGUACCACUGCCACUAGGUACGGUUUAGGUGCCUAUCGCAGUGGUGCUUUAAGUGGUAGUAGUCAUAGCAAUGGUCUAAGUGAAACCUGGUCCAACUCGGACCAACAUGAGAACAGCGAACAGGGACCGAGUAUUGUGGAUGAUGCAGACGGACAUCUCAUUUAUCACCCAGGAGAUAUUCUGCAAGCUAGAUAUGAGAUUGUUUCCACCUUAGGAGAAGGCACUUUUGGCAAAGUGGUAGAAGUCAAAGACAUCCAGAAGGGUGAUGAAAAAUUGGCAUUAAAAAUAAUCAAAAAUAUAGAAAAAUACAGAGAAGCUGCCAAAUUAGAAAUAAAUGUCCUGGAGAAAAUUAAAGAAAAGGACCCUGAUGGCCAGUUUUUAUGUGUUCAGAUGAAGGAAUGGUUUGACUACCAUGGACAUAUGUGUAUAGCAUUUGACAUGCUUGGUCUAAGUGUCUUUGACUUUUUGAAAGACAACCAUUACCUUCCCUACACAAUUGAUCAAGUCAGACACAUAUCAUACCAGUUAUGUUAUGCAGUCAAUUUUCUGCAUGAAAACAAGCUGACACACACCGACCUCAAACCAGAAAAUGUUUUAUUUGUGAAUUCCGAUUAUGAAGUGUCAUACAACCCAAGGAAGGUAACGUGUGAAGAAUUAGGGAUAAAAACGAAACGAGAUGAGCGCAAUAUUAAAAACACAGACAUUCGACUGAUAGAUUUUGGUUCAGCAACAUUUGACCAUGAACACCACAGUACAAUUGUCUCCACUCGCCAUUACAGAGCUCCAGAGGUCAUUUUAGAGAUGGGAUGGGCCCAGCCAUGUGAUGUGUGGUCAAUAGGCUGUAUCAUGUUCGAGCUCUACACUGGCUUUACGUUAUUCCAGACUCAUGACAACAAAGAACAUUUAGCUAUGAUGGAGAGAAUUCUGGGCACUUUGCCAUACAGAAUGAUCAAGAAAACCAAAAAAUACAAGUAUUUCUACAAUGGUAAGCUCGACUGGGAUCAGGGAAGUUCGAAAGGAAAAUAUGUUCGUGAAAAUUGCAAGCGAUUGAAGCACUAUCUACGUGACAAGGGCUCAGAGCAUCGCCAGUGUCUAGAGCUCGUUGAAAUGAUGUUGGACUAUUUACCCAAUGAACGCAUCACUCUGAAGGAAGCCAUGAAACAUCAAUUCUUUCGCCCAAUUCACAAGCAGUAUCCGGGUCGAUAUCCGUCCAUUGAUCAAGUGCGGUCCAUGUCAACAGAGAAGUCAACAGAGAAGGCUCCUCAGAAUGAAGACGAGAAGGAUGGGAUAUGUCGGAGCAAAAGCCGAAGUAAAGAGCAAGAAAAGAUGGAACUUGAUAGCGUUCCUGAGAAAACGGAAAAAGUGACUAAAGAGUUGAAUAUACCAGACAUGAUUGUAGAGAAACCAGAAAAAAGUUUGUAUGAGUUGUUUCCAGGAGCUAAAUUAUCUCGUGCUAACCCUGCUGAGAAUUUAUCUUCCAAAGAAACAGAAAUGAAAGUAUCAGACCAAAAGAGGGAUUCCUUAAAGUUUCUCAGUGUGCUUGAAAAGCAAGAUUCUCAGGCUAGUUCAGAAACUGAUUCAGAUAAAUUUUUGAAAGUCACUGAUGGGGAUACUUUGGCAGAUGACAAUGAUAUGGAAGGUGGUUCUAAAGAAUCACGCAAAAGAAGGAGCAAAAGGCCAUCCCCAGAGAUUCCUGUUCCAGAUGUUGAGGAAUCAGAAUCUGUACAGGAAGCAAGAAAAGCCAGGCAAGCACGAAGAGCUGAAAGGGAAGCCAAGCUUGCUGCAGAAAUGGCUGAGCACGAAGAUGCAUUGGAGGCUCGCCGUGCUAGGAGACUAAGAAGAGCAGCCGCAAAUGCUGACCAAAGGUCGGAAGACAGCACAGAAUCUGAACAAUCUCUUGUUUCUCAGAGUAGAAGACUAAGGAGAACUGAAGCUGUUAAUGAUGAUUCCUAUGAGCCAGAGAAACCAGAUGAUAACCCAGAUGCAAUAAGUGAGAAGAAAACCAAAAACAUGAAUAAUGAAGAGAGUCUAAAACUUCCAACAAUAGAUUCAUCUAGCCAGAAUGAAGAUUUGUACACAAGACUUGCUCGAAAAGCCUUGAAAAAUGAAUUACAGAAAAACACUAAAGAGGGUAGAAAGGACUCUUUACCUUCAACAAAUCCUCCACCUGAUUUCGAACCUGUCAAGGAGAUGAAAAGAGAAGAAUCCCCUGCAACUCGCAGAAGAACAAGGAUGGAGGAAAUUGAAAAAGAGAUUGCUGAAGAAGAAGCUAGAGAAGAAGCCGAGAGGAAGGCUCGUAAAAACUCUCGUCAAGGUGUACCAGAUCAAGGAAAAGCCAAAUUAGAGCCAAGCAUGAGGAGUAUAUUUGACUUUUUCAAAAAGUCUACUCCAGAUACUGUCAUAAAGAUUUAUCCAGAGUUGUCAUCUCAAAAGAAAAAAUCUGCUUCGCCACUUGUAGAACAAGGUGAGAUAAAAGCACUUGAAAGUUCCACUUCAGAAACGUGUGGAAAUAGACCUAGUUCCCCAGUAGAUGUAGUUGCCCCUAGUGAACCACAUUUAUUGCAGGAGGAAAACAGUAGCAUUCCAUCAAAAGAGGAAAAUAAAAGUAUGGAUAUUCCUUCACAGGAAGCUGCAGAGAUUAUGGUUACUCCACCGACUCCAACUGUAGAGCAGAAAACUCUGAGUUCCCUUGAUGCAAGUGGUAUCAAGGUGAAAGAACAGGAUGAGCAAAAGAACUUUGAAGAAAAUAAACCUGUGUCAAAUAACAAAGUUGAUGUUCCAAUGGAAACCCAACAGAUAGAAAGUGAUCAAGUUCAAGCCAAUGAAAGUGAAGAAGUAGAGAUGAAUGAGGCCCCUUUAGUUGAAAAAUCAGAAGGAAAAUUAAUAAAUAAUAAGUCAGAUGAAGUGGUAGUUGAAAAGUCAGAGGAUAUGGUAGUUGAAAAGUCUGAGGAUUCAGUUAGUCAGUCAGUUGAAGCUCAAGUUGAGCAAGCUUCUGAGGAGCAGUUUAAUGAAGGGUUUGCUAAAGAAAAACAGGAAGAUCCUUCUGCAGAGAAAGAGCCUGAGAAUGUCUGUAAUGAUUCAGAUGAGUUUAAAUCUGCUUCAGAAAAUGCAUCACCUGUUGUCACAAAAACAGAGUCUGAAAAGGCUAGCAAACCACUGAAGCCCUGUGAUUAUUCCAUGUUUGUGGAGCCAGGUCCCUGUCAGGUGUACCUAGAGCCAGAGCCACCUGAUAACCUGGGCCAAGCUGUGUCCAGUGGUGGCACUCCACCUGUUGCAGAAGGGGGUAUUGCCAAAGGAGAUAAGAAAAAACGCAGACGAAGGGCAAAGAAAAAGAAGAGUUCUGACCAAAUGGUUCCUGCAGGUGGUGAAGAGGAGACCUGCUGUUUUUUAGGGAAACCCGGUCUAGAUUCACCGCUUAACCCUCAGACAGAGCCCCCUUUAGGGGACUCUGAGCCGAUGGUUGAGUGUGCAUCUCAAAUCUCUCAGAGUGACUCAAGUCCAGGUGGAGACUCGAAUCUAGGCCGGGAUUCUGGCUGCGUAGAUCCAAACAAUUCCAGUAACCAAGUCGGUGGUGAUCCAAGCCAGGCAGAGAGUAAAUAUGUGGCUAGGGGAAUCAAUUCCUUAUGUAUCCCCAUGCAGUCUCAGCUUGAAGUCAUCGGAGACAAGCGGAACAGCAUUACCUAACGGAACCGGAGAACACUGACCACAGAGAUUUGUUUGAUCUCAUCUGGUGCAUGUUGAAAUAUGACCCAAAGCAGCGAAUCGCUCUGAGGGAAGCCUUCAGACACCCAUUCUUUGCCAAGUAUAACACAGAGGAC